GUCAAGCUCUACCUCCCUCUCCGCCCCGCAGAAGAAGACCUUCACCUGCUGCAGAUUCCAAGUGUAAAAACUCGCAAGAACACAAGCCAUGGGGACACCUGUAAAUAUCACACUCGGGUCACACGUCUGGGCUGAGCAUCCUGAAGAUGCUUGGAUUGAAGGCCAAGUGACAGAAAUUAAAGGCAUCGAUGUCACCAUAGUCACUACGAAUGGGAACACUAUCGUUGCAAAUAUUUCCAGUAUCCACCCAAAAGAUACAGAGGCGCCGCCCGCUGGAGUUGAUGACAUGACCAAAUUGGCUUACCUCCAUGAGCCAGGGGUCCUCCACAAUCUUGCUUGCCGGUUUGCUUUAAACGAGAUAUAUACUUACACCGGAAACAUCCUGAUCGCGGUGAAUCCAUUCCAAAGACUGCCACAUUUGUAUAGCGUCCAUAUGAUGGAGCAGUAUAAAGGAGCUGCAUUUGGAGAGCUAAGUCCGCAUCUGUUUGCCGUUGCAGACACUAGUUACAGGGCAAUGAUAAAUGAGAACAGAAGCCAGUCUAUACUGGUUAGUGGAGAGAGUGGAGCUGGAAAAACCGAGACAACCAAGAUGCUCAUGAGAUAUCUUGCAUUCAUGGGAGGAAAAUCAGAUACCGAAGGAAGAAGCGUUGAGCAACAGGUUUUGGAGUCCAAUCCAGUUUUGGAAGCCUUUGGGAACGCCAAGACUGUGAAAAACAACAAUUCAAGUCGAUUUGGAAAAUUCGUGGAGAUCCAAUUCGACAAGCAUGGAAAAAUUUCUGGAGCUGCAAUUCGAACUUAUCUUCUGGAACGAUCAAGGGUUUGCCAAGUUUCAGACCCUGAAAGAAAUUAUCACUGCUUUUACAUGCUCUGUUCAGCACCACCAGAGGAUGUCAAGAAAUUCAAAUUAGGUGAUCCAAGGGCAUUCCAUUAUCUAAAUCAAACAAACUGCUAUGAUGUCGCCAAUGUGGAUGAUGCAAGAGAGUACUUGGAGACCAGAAAUGCGAUGGACAUUGUGGGAAUCGGACCACAAGAGCAGGAUGCUAUAUUCAGAGUUGUAGCAGCAAUCCUCCAUCUUGGAAAUGUCGAGUUUGUUAAAGGGGAAGAAGUUGAUUCUUCAAAACUGAAGGAUGAUAAAUCAAAAUAUCAUCUUCAAACAGCAGCAGAGUUACUGAUGUGUGAUGAGAAGAUGUUGGAGGAUUCACUCUGUAAACGCGUCAUAGUAACUCCAGAUGGUAACAUCACAAAGCCACUUGACCCAGGUUCAGCUGCUCUAAGUCGUGAUGCUUUAGCCAAGACAGUAUACUCCAGGCUGUUUGACUGGAUUGUAGAUAAGAUCAACAGUUCAAUUGGUCAAGACCCAAAUGCUGCAAGUUUGAUUGGAGUCCUCGACAUUUAUGGUUUUGAGAGCUUUAAGAUCAACAGUUUUGAGCAGCUAUGCAUCAAUCUCACAAAUGAGAAAUUACAACAACACUUUAACCAGCACGUAUUCAAGAUGGAGCAGGAAGAUUACACGAGAGAGGAAAUAGACUGGAGCUAUGUUGAAUUUGUUGAUAACCAGGAUGUCUUAGAUCUUAUUGAGAAGAAACCUGGAGGUAUAAUUGCUCUACUUGAUGAAGCAUGCAUGUUCCCCAAGUCGACUCAUGAGACAUUCGCACAGAAAAUGUAUCAAACAUAUAAAGGACACAAGCGAUUCAGCAAACCAAAGCUUGCCCGGACAGACUUCACCAUCAACCAUUAUGCAGGAGAUGUUACUUACCAAGCAGAUCAAUUUCUCGACAAGAACAAGGAUUAUGUUGUAGCAGAACAUCAAGCUUUGUUAAAUGCAUCAAAGUGCUUUUUUGUUGCCAAUUUGUUUCCACCACUUCCCGAGGAGGCAUCAAAGCAGUCCAAGUUUUCAUCCAUAGGGACCCGCUUCAAGCAACAACUCCAAUCUUUAAUGGAAACACUGAACACAACAGAGCCCCACUAUAUUAGAUGUGUGAAGCCAAAUACAGUCCUAAAGCCUGGGAUUUUCGAGAACUACAAUGUCCUAAACCAACUAAGAUGUGGGGGUGUGCUAGAGGCAAUAAGGAUCAGUUGUGCUGGCUAUCCAACAAAACGAACAUUUGACGAGUUCCUUGAUCGUUUUGCAAUGCUUGCAGCAUAUGUUCCUGAUGGAUCCGACGAAAAGUCAGCAUGUGCUGUCAUCUGCGACAAAAUGGGGUUAAAAGGCUACCAGAUAGGGAAAACAAAGAUAUUUCUUAGGGCCGGACAGAUGGCCGAAUUGGAUGCCAGAAGAGCUGAGAUUUUGGCUGGUGCAACUAAACGCAUUCAGAGGCAGAUCCGAACUUAUUUAACGAGAAAACAAUUCCUUGCCCAGAAAAGGGCUGCGAUUCAUAUGCAAAAACUAUGGAGAGCACAACUUGCCCGCAAGUUGUAUGAAAACAUGCGAAGGGAAGCUGCUUCUAUUUGUAUACAAAAGAACAUCAGAGCUCACAGAGCAAGGACGUGCUACACUAAAUUACAGGCCUCGGCAACAGUUAUCCAGACUGGUUUACGGGCAAUGGCUGCUCGAAACGAACAUAGACACAGAAGAAGAACUAAGGCAGCUAUUAUAAUUCAGAGAGAAUGGAGAAGACAUGAAGCUCUUGUAGCUUAUAAGCAGCACAAAAAGGCAACACUUGCAUUACAAUGUCUUUGGAGAGCUAGAGUAGCCAGGAAAGAGCUCCGAAAGCUCAGGAUGGCUGCAAGAGAAACAGGGGCACUAAAGGAAGCCAAGGACAAGUUGGAGAAGCGUGUAGAAGAGCUAACCUGGCGGCUCGAUUUUGAGAAGCACCUAAGGGUGGAUCUUGAAGAAGCCAAAGCACAAGAAAUAGCAAACCUACAACAUGCUUUGACUGAAAUGCAAGAGAAGCUAGAUGAAAGCCAAGCUGCGAUCAUCCGAGAGAAAGAAGCAGCAAAAUUAGCUAUUGAACAAGCUCUUCCAGUCAUCAAAGAAGUGCCGGUGUUUGACAAUACCCAAUUGGAAUUAUUGAAAAGUCAAAAUGGGGAACUAGAGGUUGAGGUAGAGCAACUAAAAAGAAAAGUUGAAGAAUUUGAAGCACAAUGUUCUGCUCUUGAGAAAGAAAGCAAGGCCAGUCUCACUGAAGCGGAAGAUGCAAAAGCAAAAGCCAUGCAACUUCAAGAGACUAUUGAAAGAUUAGAUUCGAACUUGUCAAACCUCGAAUCUGAGAAUCAGGUUCUACGCCAGCAAGCUUUGGUUGAUUCAAUGGACACAGAAGCGUCUGAAGAGUUAAGAAGUCUCAGGGAGAGAAUUGCAAUUUUAGUGUUGGAGAAUGAAUCUCUUCGCAGCCAGGUAGCAACCGUAGAGAAGACGACUCCCCCUGAAAGCGUACCAUCACCAGCAAAGAUUCAAGAAAAUGGACACAGAAAAGAAGAGACUCAAACAACAAAGGAGCCAAGAAAUCCAAUCACCAUGUUGACAAAACAAAGAUCUCUAACAGAUAGGCAACAGGAAAACCACGAUGUGCUAAUGAAAUGCCUUACAGAAGAGAGAAGAUUCAACAGUGACAGAUCUGUGGCAGCCUGUUUUGUUUACAAAGUACUACUUCAGUGGAGAUCAUUUGAAGCAGAGAAAACCAAUAUAUUUGAUAGAAUUGUUCACACAAUCCGAGGAUCCGUCGAGAAGAGCCAGAACGACACAAGGGAACUAGCAUAUUGGCUUACAACAACCUCUACCCUCUUAUAUUUUCUGCAAUCUACGCUCAAGUUCAGUAAUACAAAUAAUACAAAAUCCAGACGUAACAGAUCAUCCCACGCUACAUUAUUUGGGCGUUUGGCACAAGGACUGCAAUCAUCUUCAUUGGGCAUGGAAAUAUCAAAUGGCUACAGUGGAAUGGAUGGAAUAUCAAAUGAAAAAUUGAUGGUUGAAGCUAAAUACCCAGCUUUAUUGUUCAAGCAACACCUGGCUGCAUACAUCGAGAAAAUAUAUGGAACGAUCCGUGAUAACUUAAAGAAAGAGAUAAGCCCAUUUCUAACUCUAUGUAUUCAUGCACCAAGAUCGACAAGAGUCAGGACCUUGAGAGGCAUAUCUAAAAGCAUCCAUUCAACCAUAGCAAACCAACAAGCAUCAUAUGUACACUGGCAGAACAUCAUCAACAAGCUUGAACAUAUCUUGAACCUUAUGGCCGAGAACUAUGUGCCAUCUAUGAUCACAAGAAAACUCUUCCAUCAGGUUUUCUCAUACAUAAACGUGCAGCUUUUUAACAGUUUGUUGCUUCGCCGAGAAUGUUGUUCAUUCAGCAAUGGAGAAUAUUUGAAGAUGGGUUUGCAUGAAUUAGAGCAGUGGUGUCUGAAAGCAGAGGAUGAGGCUGCUCGAUCACCAUGGGAUGAACUUCAACAUAUAAGGCAAGCUGUGAGAUUUCUGGUUUUGCAUCAAAAGACACAGAAAUCCUUGGAUGAUAUCAUAAAAGAAGUUUGUCCGAUGCUAAGCAUUCCACAAAUAUAUCGAAUUGGAACAAUGUUUUGGGACGACAAAUACGGAACACAAGGACUCUCCCCAGAGGUGAUCAGACAAAUGAGGAAACUGACGGCGGAAGAUUCAGCUAACACGACGAACACUUCCUUCUUGCUAGACGUCGAUUCAAGCAUACCGUUCACAGUGGAGCAAGUGUCGCAAUCCUUCCAUGGCGGCGCCGUUAGCCUCUCCGACGUGGAUCCUCCGCCGCUACUCCGACAGCGAUCUGAUUUCCACUUCCUGUUUCAGACACUCGCCGAGUGAAUUGACGAAAGAAGGAAACCAUAAAGGACGGAAAUGGGAGAAUUUCGUAUUUAUACAAAAAAAAAAGGGUUUUUGUUUGUUCUUUCAUUUUUUUGUCCCCCCAAAGUUCCGUUUGUUUUUCCUUU